AUGUCCGAACACGGCAGCGAUACACCUCAAGAGGACCACAUCAACCACGAGGACGGCAGUCCACUCAACCGCCCACGAGAUCGCCCUCUGGCCACUACAGAGCAUCUCAGAGUACGCGCGCUUGAGCUCGCCGGUGCAGCACGAGAGUUCUCUCGAGUGUUUUUGGCGUUUGCUCAGGCCGCGGAUGAUUUCGCUCGGCAAGCUGGAGCAGGAGACGAGAAUCAGUCUUUCGAACCACAGACCUCACGUUGGUUAUUUUGA